AUGGUUUCCUUGAUCUCCAAGAAGAGAAAGCUUGUCGCUGACGGUGUCUUCUACGCCGAAUUGAACGAAUUCUUCACCAGAGAAUUGGCUGAAGAAGGUUACUCUGGUGUCGAAGUCCGUGUUACCCCAACCAAGACUGAAGUUAUUAUCAGAGCUACCAGAACUCAAGAUGUCUUGGGUGAAAACGGUAGAAGAAUCAACGAAUUGACCUUGUUGGUUCAAAAGAGAUUCAAGUACGCUCCAGGUACCAUUGUCCUAUACGCUGAAAGAGUCCAAGACCGUGGUCUAUCCGCUGUUGCUCAAGCUGAAUCCAUGAAGUUCAAGCUAUUGAACGGUUUGGCUAUCAGAAGAGCUGCUUACGGUGUUGUCAGAUACGUCAUGGAAUCCGGUGCUAAGGGUUGUGAAGUCGUCGUCUCCGGUAAGCUAAGAGCUGCUAGAGCUAAGGCUAUGAAGUUCGCUGACGGUUUCUUGAUCCACUCCGGUCAACCAGUCAACGACUUCAUUGACGUUGCCACCAGACACGUCUUGAUGAGACAAGGUGUUUUGGGUAUCAAGGUUAAGAUCAUGAGAGACCCAGCUACCAACAGAGGUGGUCCAAGAGCUUUGCCAGAUGCUGUCUCUAUCGUUGAACCAAAGGACGAAGAACCAGUUCUUACUCCAACUGUCAGAGACUACAGAAGCGCUGAAGAAGUCGGUGAAAAGACCGAAGCUCCAGCUGAACAAGCCGUUGAAGCUUCUGCUUAA